CAGCUGCGCUCAUGACUUGAGCCUGUUGGGGAGGGGACUGCUUGCCUCUAGCCUCAUGCUGCUGUGGGCACUGCUCCUCGUCUUUGCUCCUCUUGGAGUCCAAGCCGACUGGCUGAGCAUCAGCAUGCCACACCGUGCUUAUGAGGGCGACCAGGUGACUGUAAGCUGCACAGGAGAAAAGAAUGGUAACAUCAAGAGACUAAAGUACUUCAAGGAUGGAUCUCACAUAGCUACAUACAGCAGCGCUUCCAGCUACAUCAUUUCCAAUGCAAGACUCAGCGACAGCGGCUCCUACUUCUGUAGGGCAGAUAGGAAACUGUUCCUAUUUAUAGAUGUGUCAGAAAAAACCAGUUCUACCUGGCUCACUGUCCAAGAGCUGUUUCCAGCACCUGCGCUGACAGCUAGCCCCCUGCAGCCGGUAGAGGGCAGUUCAGUGACCCUGUCCUGCGACACCUCGCUCCCUUCAGAAAGGGCAACAACCCAGUUACACUAUUCCUUCUUCAAAGAUGGCCAGACUUUGCAGUCUGGCUGGAGCUCAUCAAAGUUCACAAUCUCAGCGAUACGGAAAGAAGACUCUGGAAAUUACUGGUGUGCAGCCAUGACAGCAUCUCGCAGUGUCUCGAAGCAAAGUCGCCGGACCUAUGUGGCUGUGGAGAGGGUCCCUGUCUCUCAAGUCUCCAUGGAGACCCAGCCGUCACGGGGCUGGGGGGCCGCAGGGGGCGUGCUGGCCCUGGAAGGAGAGAGGCUGGCCCUCGUCUGCUCUGUGGCUAAAGGCACGGGGCUCAUCACGUUCUCCUGGCACCGGGAGGACGCAGAGGGAAGUGUGGGCAGCAAGAGUCAGCGUGCGCAGAGAGCCGAGCUGGAGCUCCCCGCGGUCAGGGACAGCCACGCCGGGGGUUACUACUGCACCGCGGACAACGGCUUCGGCGCGGCCCGGAGCCCGGCCGUGAGCGUCGCGGUGGAAGUUCCAGCGCUGCGCCCCCUCCUCUCCAUCGGUGUUCCCGGGGCGCUGCCCUUCGUUGGCGACGUCGUGGAGCUUCACUGUGAAGACGAGAGAGCGUCGCCUCCCGUUCUGUACCGGUUUUAUCAUGAAAAUGUCACUCUGGGGAGCGUGCGGGCACCUCGUGGAGGAAAAGCAUCCCUAAAGCUCGCUCUGACCCUGGGGCAUUCUGGGAACUACUCCUGCGAGGCUGGCAACGGCUGGGCGACCGCGCGCAGCGAGGUGGUGGCGCUCAUGGUCACAGUCCCGCCGAGCUCGGUCUGAAGAUCUAGAGACCAGCAGACCUGCUCUCUGCAGUUGGGCCUGCAGGCCUGACAGUCUGUGGUCCCCACUGGACGUCGAGACUUCAUCUGUGGCCAGUCCUUCAACAGGACUCAAAGCAGCUCUGCUCCGGGCUGAAGCCCUGACAGCGCUAAAGGAAGCCCAAGUCCGCUGGGCCCCGGAGGCCAAGCCUGGAAGAGUUGUUCCCCUGCCUCUGUUCCCUUUCUAGCUCCUUCUAGUUACCGCCUUGGGACAUGUAGAGGUGGCGCACACAUGCCUGGGCCUGGCAGAGUGUGGUCUAAUAAAGCAUCUACAUGUGAGAGCCCUCGAGUGCUUAAAUCCAUUUUCUAAUUUGGGAAGACACUAGCUUUUUAAAAAAAUCUUUUUAAACCAUUUGCUUAUAUAUUUAAAGCAAAU